AUGGUGGAAAAUACUGCGAAUCAACAACAACCGCGUGGUAUUGGAGCCGGUCCACGUGGGAACCAACAACAACCACGAGGGACUGGAGGUGGACCACAACAAAGCCAACAACGACACCGUGGUAUUGGAGCCGGUCCACGUGGGAGCCAACAACAACCACGAGGGACUGGAGGUGGACCACAACAAAGCCAACAACGACGCCGUGGUAUUGGAGCCGGUCCACGUGGAGCCAACAACAACCACGAGGGACUGGAGGUGGACCACAACAGAGCCAACAACGACGCCGUGGUAUUGGAGCCGGUCCACGUGGGAGCCAACAACAACCACGAGGGACUGGAGGUGGACCACAACAGAGCCAACAACGACACCGUGGUAUUGGAGCCGGUCCACGUGGGAGCCAACAACGACCACGAGGGACUGGAGGUGGACCACAACAAAGCCAACAACGACGCCGUGGUAUUGGAGCCGGUCCACGUGGGAGCCAACAACAACCACGAGGGACUGGAGGUGGACCACAACAAAGCCAACAACGACGCCGUGGUAUUGGAGCCGGUCCACGUGGGGAGCCAACAACAACCACGAGGGACUGGAGGUGGACCACAAACAGAGCCAACAACGACGCCGUGGUAUUGGAGCCGGUCCACGGUCGGAGCCAACAACGACCUACGAGGGACUGGAGGGGUGGACCACAACAAAGCCAACAACGACACCGUGGUAUUGGAGCCGCUCCACGUGGGAGCCAACAACAAACUACGAGGGAUUGGAGGUGGACCACAACAAAGCCGACGACAACGUGGGAUUGGAGAUGGCCCACAACAGAUUCAACGACGAGGGAUUGGAGAUAUACUACAACACCGCCAACGACAACGUGGGAUUGGAGAUGGCCCACAACAGAGUCAACUACGAGGGAUUGGAGAUAUACUACAACAGGCCAACAACAACGUGGGAUUGGAGAUGGCCCACAACAGAUUCAACGACGAGGGAUUGGAGAUAUACUACAACACCGCCAACAACAACGUGGGAUUGGAGAUGGCCCACAACAGAGUCAACUACGAGGGAUUGGAGAUAUACUACAACAGAGCCAACGACAACGUGGGAUUGGAGAUGGCCCACAACAGAUUCAACGACGAGGGAUUGGAGAUAUACUACAACACCGCCAACAACAACGUGGGAUUGGAGAUGGCCCACAACAGAGUCAACUACGAGGGAUUGGAGAUAUACUACAACAGGCCCAACAACAACGUGGGAUUGGAGAUGGCCCACAACAGAGUCAACGACGAGGGAUUGGAGAUAUACUACAACACCGCCAACAACAACGUGGGAUUGGAGAUGGCCCACAACAGAGUCAACUACGAGGGAUUGGAGAUAUACUACAACAGAGCCAACGACAACGUGGGAUUGGAGAUGGCCCACAACAGAUUCAACGACGAGGGAUUGGAGAUAUACUACAACACCGCCAACGACAACGUGGGAUUGGAGAUGGCCCACAACAGAGUCAACUACGAGGGAUUGGAGAUAUACUACAAACAGGCCAACAACAACGUGGGAUUGGAGAUGGCCCACAACAGAGUCAACGACGAGGGAUUGGAGAUAUACUACAACACCGCCAACAACAACGUGGGAUUGGAGAUGGCCCACAACAGAGUCAACUACGAGGGAUUGGAGAUAUACUACAACAGAGCCAACGACAACGUGGGAUUGGAGAUGGCCCACAACAGAGUCAACAACGUG